AUGCUAUCUAUCUAUCUAUCUAUCUAUCUAUCUAUCGUUGUUUGUUCAUAUCUAUCUAUGUCUGUUCCUAUCUAUCUAUCUAUCUAUCUAUCUAUCUGCCUGUCUGUCUGUAUGUCUGUCUGUCUCAGUUUGCCCAUGCCCAUCUAUUUAUCUCAGUCUAUCCAUGCCUAUCUAUCUAUUUAUCUAUCUCAGUUUGUUCAUGCCUGUCUAUUUAACUCUGCCCAUGCAUAUCUCAGUCUGCCCAUUCCUAUCUAUCUGUCUAUCUGUCUAUCUAUCUAUCUAUCUGUCUGUCUGUCUUUACCUAUCUAUCUCAGCCUGUCCAUGUCUAUCUAUCUAUCUAUAUAUCUAUAUAUCUAUCUAUCUCAGUCUGUCCAUGCAUGUAUGUCUAUCUAUCUAUCUAUCUAUCUAUCUCAGCCUGUCCAUAUCUAUCUACCUAUCUAUCUAUCUAUUUCAGCCUGUCCAUAUCUAUCUAUCUAUCUAUCUCAGUCUGUCCAUGCAUGUAUGCCUAUCUAUCUAUCUAUCAUAUCUAUCUAUCUAUCUAUCUCAUCUGUCCAUGCAUCUGCCCUGCCUCUAUUUCAUCCUACCUGUCCAUAUCUAUCUAUCUAUCUAUCUAUCUAUCUAUCUAUCUAUCUAUCUAUCUAUCUAUCUCAGUCUGCCCAUGCAUGUAUGUCUGCCUGUCUAUCUAUCUAUCUAUCUAUCUAUCUAUCUAUCUAUCUAUCUCAGUUUAUCUAUAUUUGCCCAUGA